AUGAACUUUUUUUCAUAACCAUAACAGAAUAAUCUAAAUAUUUUAGAGGAAAAGAUAAAGUGUCUUUCAUUGAAAUACAAAUAAUAGAUCAAUGAAAUCUAGAUUUUCAAGGAGUUUAUAAGCAAUUAAGAUGAUGAAUUUGCAAUAUGGAAAAAUGCAGAAAGUCAAGUAAAAUCAGUUUGUGGAGCAGAUAUAUAAAAUGGAGAACUUACAUUUUAAUGUUUUACUUGUGCUCCUGAUCCAUAUCAUAUGUUUUGUAAUAAAUGUUUUAAUCCCGAUCAACAUAUAAGUAUUGAUAUUUAUGUUAAACAGAUCACAAAUGUAUUAUAAAGCGUAAUAUUGGAGGAGCUUGUGAUUGUGGAGAUGAAUAAACAAUUAUACCUUCUGGAUUUUGCUGUAAACAUUAAGGAAUCUCAAAGUUUGAUUACAAUUAAGAAUUAAGUAAGAUCUCAGAUGCAUUAAAAUCGAAAAUUUAAAAUUUCAUAAAAGCUCUCUCUACAGUAUAUUUAUAGUUAAUGCGAAAAAUAAGUAUUGAUCAUGAUAUGUUUAAUGUAAAUAUACUCAGAUUCUAUCACUUAAGUGAAAUGUGGUUAAUAAUUCCUUUUAAAGAAGUAAUUGAUUCUGAAUAUAACAUUGAAGAAUAUUAUAGAAUUUUUUAGUAGGCAUUAUAUUUAAAUUAAAUACUUUUUAAGAUGUGUUAUUGGCUAACAGAAUCAAGAUUAUGUUUUAUAAUUUUACUUUCAAAGAUUUUUUAGUAGUAAUUAACACCAUAAUCAUCAUAAUCUAUAUUUGAAGAUUUGCUUGAAGUUUAAGUGCUAAUUGAAAGCCAAGGUCCACAACCAGCCUUAAAAAUUGAAAGUUUAUUAUUUAGAUUUUAUGCUGACUAUUAAUUUAAGCAAUUUAUUUAGGCUUGCUAUAUUAGAAAAUAUAAAUCUAUGUGGUUAUAGAAAAAAUUAAAAGUAACCAAACAUGAUAAAUCUAUAAAUGAUUAUUUACAUUAGCUCUAAUAUAUACUGAAUUUUUAAAUUGUUAGAUCGUAAUAUCAAGAUUUAGUGAAAGUGGCUCAAUAAAUCAAAACUUAUAUUAAAGAUUAUAAGAGUUCAACUGAAAUUGUAAUAGGAUUAUAUGUUUGUGAAAUUCAUGAAUAACACACUUAAUAUGUAGCAGAAUAACUUCAAGAUCUAUUCUUAAAUCAUAAAGAUAUUUCAUGCGUCUAUGAUUAAAUCAGGGCCUUAUAAGAUAUAGUCUAUUCUCAUACUCCUAUCGAAACCUCAUCAUCAUUAUAAUAUUCAAUAAUUUUCAAUUUAAGAUAUGAAUAUACUUUCUUCUAUAGAAUUGGUUUUAAAUAACUAAAGCAGGCUCUCGGAGAUUAUUAAGAAUAAUUUUUUAAUGGAGAGAUUACUAGAGAUAUUAUCUAAAAUUUUAAAUAUUAAAAUUUUACAAUUACUGCUUAUAUAAAUUGCUUUAAUUAAAUCAAAACUUAGCAUUUACAAUUAUCUGAUGACAACUUAACAAUUUGGUAGUAAGAUAUAUAAGAUGCAGGCUAUUUUCUAAUUGGUUAAGGUUACGCAACUUAAGUGGUUUAAAUUGGAGUAUAAAAACUAUUUGAUUCUCAAUUUAGUACUCCAUACUUUAAAGAAAAUAUGAUUAAAUUAUUACUAAUAUAAUGUUAUUCUAUUUUAAAAAAAAAAAGUAAAACCCUUUCAAUCGAUAUGUAAUUGUAGCAAUCAUAUAAAACAUACAUAGAAAAUAAAAAAUUGACUUAAGUGGAAAUCUUUGAUAGAUUGUCAAAAAUAUAUUUGUAGUUAAUAAAAAGUUUAACUGUAAUUGAAAGAAUAUUUACUUAUUUCUUAUCAUAAUUAUAUUGUUUGAAAAAGUUUUCAUCAGGAAAAGAUUUUGAAUCAUAUAUUCUAGACCUAUUAUAAGAAGACAAAAAAGAGCUUAAGAUAAUCUUUUAUGAAGUCUUAUCAAAAUGUUUAUAAGUUUAUACAUCAAUACAAUUUUGUCAAAAUGAAAUUUUAGAAUAAAUUUAUCUUGGUUAAAGAGAUUCAAAAGAAAUAGUGAUGCUAGAAUCAUAUGAUAGUACAUUUUUAAAGUUUUAUUUAUUUCUAUUUGAAAAUGAAGGUUUUAGAGAUUUAGUUCAAAUAAUUAAAAAUCGUAAAAUUCCUAUUGCAAGUGCCAGUAAUAAAUUAUUAUGGUAUAUAUCUAUAUAUAAAUUAUAAUAGUUGUUUGAUAUUAAGAAUGUUAAGUUCUGAUCUAGAUUUAUACAAUGUUUGUUGUUCAUCAUCAAAAAAUCUUCAUAAAGAUUUACAACUUUCUUUAGCCAAAGCAAUCUAAAAUUUUUAUAACCUUUCAACAUAUCUACCAUAUACUGAUAUUGAAAUUUUAUUAAAAAGAAUGGGAAUUCAAACUUGUUCCUAUCUUCCUGAUCAUGUCUUACAAAUUUGUGAAGUUGAUUAAGCCGUAAAAUAAUUGAAAUUAAAGUCUGAAUAUAGAGUUAUUUAUGAUCCAGCUAUUUUUAAUAUAAGUACUACUAUUAAUAGUUAGAUUGUGGAAAAAUUAAUAGAAUAAAAUAAAUUUGAAAAUAUGAAAUAUUUAGGUAAUGGAAUAUUAUGGGAUAUUGAAUUAUUUUCUCAAUCAAAUUUUAGGACUAUCCUUUAUCAACUUUUAAAAGAGUAUUGCAAAAAAGAAUACAUCUAAAAUAAUAUUGAUUUUCUAAACAUAGAAGGAUUUGAUUUAAUAUAAGCAUACUAAUUAUUAUAUAUCUAAAUAGUAGCAGCCAAUUAUUUUAGGAAAUAAGAACUUAUAACUGAUUCUCGUUUUAUUUUAGUUUAACUUGAAUAAAUUCUUAAGAAAACUCAGCGCAAAGAUGAUAUCCAAAGAAUAUAAGUAUUAAUAUAAGAAAUACAUAAAAUCAUAACUGUUGAUCAAAAAUUGAUAUAAAAAUAAUAAAAUGAUAACAAAAAAAAUUUAUAAAAUAAAAAAAAUCAAUUCAAAGACAAAUAUAAUAAAAUGCAAAAAUCAGAAUUUAUUUAAAAUAUGCUUGUAAAUAACAAUAUUAAGGAAAACAACGGAGAAAAUGAUGAUAAAGUAUGUUCAUCAUGUAAAUUACCUUUAAGCCUAUAAAAUAGUGUAGCUAUGAUGCUUUUGAUUAAGAAACCCUAAACUUCAAAUUUUUCUAUUUUUUCUAAAGAAAAUUUAGAUCGUUUCAAAAAUAAAUAGUUCAAUAUUAUUGAUAUAGGAAUAGCAGAUUGUAAACACUAUUUCCAUUAUACUUGUUUAAUUGAGAGAUUUGAGGCUGAUUAACAAUAUAGAUAUUAAAAUACUCCUGAUUGGGUAAAGAUUGGAUGCCCUGUUUGUAAAAUGCCUUGUACAAUUACUUUACCAAUUUAAAGGUAAUUGACAAGUUAAGAUGUCGAAACUUUUAAUUCUGAUCUUUAAUUAUUUGUCUCAAAAAAUACAGUUGAAAGUCUAUUCGAAGAUUCUAUUUCUGCAUUAUUAACCCUAACUCAAACAUAUUAUAAUAUGUUCAUUGACUUACUUUUAUCUUUAUUUUAAAACCCAUCAGAAUUUAUAAGAGACUAAAAAAAUUUUGUUUUCUAUUAAUUACUCUAAAUAUUAAGUUUAACUAAUUUGGAAACAGUAAAAGACAAAAUUAAAGAAAAAUUUUAAUUUUAAACAGAAAAUAAUUUUAUUUUAUAAAUAUUAUCUUUAAUCUAAAAAUAUAUUGUACUUGAUAAAAACUUGGAAAGAUUAAAACUAAAAGUAAUAGAUUAUUGCAUAUAAUGUAAUAUAGAUAAUGAAAUAAAAAAAUAGUUAGCAUUGUCGUUAAAUUUACAAGAUGAAAUUUAAUAAUAGAUUUAAGAUUGUUCAAAUAAAUUAUUAUUGCAUUAGGAUAUUUCUGAUCAAUUAGCAAUUAUUAAUUAGAAAUAGUUAAUAGAGGAAUUGAAAUGUAUACUUGGGUUAACAUUUAAAGAAUUUUACUGUAAAUAUUUUACUAAAAAAUGUUAUGCUUGUGGAUUUUAUAACAAGGAUUAAAGAGAUGGAGGUUUUUAAAUGUGUUUGUUCUGUUCAAAAACAUUCUGUAUCUAUUCGUGUGAAUAACAAGUUCAAAUUGGAAACUUAAAUUAACAUGCAAAUAAUGAACAUAAUGGAAUAUCUUUUUAUGUAGAUUUAAGAAUUGGAUAUGUUACUUUAUUAUGCUCUCCAAUAUCUAUAUAAUAAUAUAAAUGCUUAUAUUAUGAUUAACUAGGGUAAAAAAUAGAUAUAGAAAAUUAAAAUUCAGAUUGGAAUACAUUUUAUUUAGAUAUUUAGAAAGUAAAAGAGAUAUCUUAAAUUAUAUUGAACAAUUCGUAUUAAACAAUUAUCAGAAACUUGGAAGUUAGAUAAGAUUAAUUAGAUAUGGAAGGGCGGCUUUGAUUCAGAAGAUAGAGA